AUGCCUAUAGCGGAGCGACGCGCGAAAGCAGAGCAGCGCCGGAGCCUUUACCACGAAGCGGAUGUUGUCAUCGUUGGCGCCGGCAUACUGGGUUGUGCGGUUGCUGUCGCCCUUGGGAACCAAGGUCGUAGUGUUAUACUGCUCGAGAAGUCUCUCCGAGAGCCCGAUCGGAUAGUUGGCGAGCUACUCCAGCCCGGCGGCGUGGCAGCGCUCGAAAAGCUUGGGUUGCGAGAUUGCUUGGAAGAGAUUGAUGCGGUCAAAGUUUUCGGCUACGAUGUCAUCUACUAUGGAGAGGAGGUCCGCAUAUCGUAUCCGGGGAACGCUAGGGAGGACGGUGAGGAGCCUGUCCAGAAGUCGCAAACGGACGAGAUGAGAGGCACCAAGCGCAAACGCCCCGAAGGCCGCUCGUUCCACCAUGGCCGCUUCAUUCAAAGGCUUCGACAAAGAGCCAUGGAGACUCCGAACGUUACCGUCGUUGAGGCUGCGGCGACAGAGCUUGUACGCUGCGGCUUCACUGACCGUAUUGUCGGGGUUGAGGCUACCGUGAGUGGCCGUGAGGAUGCCUUCUUCGGCGACCUUACCAUUAUUGCAGACGGCUAUGCCAGCAAGUUCCGUAAAGAGUUCAGGAAGGACCUGCCGGUCGCGAAAUCGAAGUUUUGGGGUCUGGAACUCAUCGACGCCAAGCUACCCAUGCCCAAUCACGGCCACGUGAUACUAGGGGAUGGGGCACCGGUGCUGCUGUACCAGAUCGGGACACAUGAGACGAGAGCUUUGAUCGAUAUACCACAGAACCUGCCUUCCGCGGCGGUCGAGGCCGGAGGCGUGAAAGGUCACCUCAAGAAGGUAGUAUUACCUUCCCUACCCGCAGAAGUCAGGCCGUCUUUCGAGGCCGCCAUUGACCGCGACCGAUUACGCUCGAUGCCGAACUCGUGGCUACCACCCACCACCAACAAAUCAUCAGGUUUAAUACUGCUCGGCGACGCGAUGAACAUGCGCCAUCCACUUACUGGUGGCGGGAUGACGGUCGCCUUCAACGAUGCAGUACUCCUUUCCGAACUACUCAGCCCAGAAAGUGUACCAGAUCUGGCGGAUGCCCACGCAGUGCUGAAGAAGAUGCGCGUCUUCCACUGGCGACGGAAAGGCCUUACCAGCGUCAUCAACAUAUUGGCGCAAGCGCUGUACUCGCUAUUUGCGGCAGACGAUGCGCAGCUGAAGGCUCUGCAGAUGGGUUGUUUCCAUUACUUCAAGCUUGGUGGCAAUUGCAUCGACGGUCCGGUAGGAUUGCUCGCCGGCAUCAUUCGCCGCCCGUUUGUGCUCUUCUACCACUUCUUCGCAGUGGCGCUAUACGCCAUGUGGAUCUAUGUAACGUCUGCGAGCUUGGCCAUCAUGCCGUUGCGGCUGCUCGGCAGCGCUGGCGUGUUCUGGAAAGCCUGUGUUGUCAUCAUGCCAUACAUUUUCUCUGAGCUGCAAAGCUAG